ACCAUCCUUUCAAAGUUGCUUUCUGUUUUACAUGCUUUUCUUGCCAUAACAAUUCCCCUACGCCAUUUCAUCCUGUUUUUCAGACUCUUUUUCACAACACUUUCCACAAUAUAAUCUGAAUGAAUACAGCCCAGCAUUCCAAAUCCUGAAAAACAAUCAGUCUGACAGCCCCUGCAAAACACUUGCAAACAGCAGCAAUGGAAGAAGGCAAAACACUUGGAAGAGUUAAACUAUGGAGGGCGUCCACAGUAGUCCCAGCCAAACCAAACCCCUCAAAACCCAUGCACACUCUCAAUGACCGAGAUCUGGCCAUGAAAGCCCAUUACAUCAGGGCAGUCUAUUACUUCGACAAAUGCUCUGUUCAGAAUUUCUGCAAUGGAAGAUGGAAAGAAGGCUUCUUCGAGAGCCUCAUGGAAUACAGUCCAGUAGCAGGGAGGCUCGAACUCGGGCCUGAUGGAAGAGAGUUCAUCAGAUGCAAUGAUGCUGGUGUUAGAAUUGUUGAGGCCUUUGCAGAUGCUCAGUUGGUGGAUUGGAAGGACUUGAAGGAUUGUUCCCUUGAAACAGAGCUCAGUUUGAGCCAAAUUGAGGGAACCCAGAUGGAGAUAUUACCCUUGGUUGCAAUACAGAUCACAAGGUUCAAAUGUGGAGGAGUUGCCAUUGGAUUGAGCUGGUCCCAUGUACUGGGAGGUGCAUUCUGUGCAUCCCUUUUUAUGAGGUCAUGGUCUGAAUGCUGCAGGAGAAGCUCAAGCAGCAGGGUAUGUCUUCCAGGAUGUGAUCAUGAGAAAAUCUCAGAGCUGUUGAAGGGUCAGUCAAAUUCUAAACAGAUAUUAAGGGAUUUUAUCAUCAAUAUGCAGAAAGGAGAAACUCUCGUGGAGUUGGCCUCCUUCAGGCUGUCUAAUGAAAUGGUAGAUUAUCUGAUCUCAAGUGCCAAGAUGUCCAAGCAUUCAAAGCCUGUGAAACCCUUUGUUGCAGUCUCUGCAUUUGUAUGGAGAUCCAUACUGAAAGCACAGUCAAGAAAGGCUGUUCACAGGGCCCUGAUAUGCAGGGAAACCAAAGAGAACAAUGAUCCAAAUAUACCAUUUUUUCAUCUGGGCAAUGACCAGAUUUUGGCACAAGUAGAGCUAUGUGAUGAAGACAUGGAAUUAAGCAGCACCUGGAGCUUAUGCAAAAUUGCUGAAUCAAUUCAGACUGCUGAUCCAAUGAUUUCUGUGGAUAAAGAUGAGGCAACUCUGGUUUAUGGGUAUGAUUUGACAUUUGUGAAUUGGGAGCAGCUGCCAUGGUUUGAUCUGGUGUUUGAAGAGGAAGGCCCAAUUCAUGUCUCUUGUACAGCAGAACCUGUGGGUAUCAAUGGAAUGGUCAUGGUUAUGCCUUCUUCUCCUUCAGAAGGAGCAAAUGCCAGGUUGGUGAAAGUUUCCCUUUCUAGAGAUGAGGUGGUGAAACUCAAGCAGGACUUCAGUUUUUUGUUAACUAAUUAAUCAACUGUGUUUUUCCUUCAUGCCUUAGUUGUGUCAUAUUGAUAUAAGUCAUCCAUAAAUCCAUAUACAGACCGUUCUGACAUUAUAAAUUUUUCUUUUUUCCUUUCUUUCAUCCAUAACUCAUCCACAACUCCUCUGGAACUUGAAAACCAGAAGCUUUCAUUUCUAUGGUAUCUUGUCAGUUUAUUUUCUGAUAUUGCUUCCUUUGAAGCAAAUGAAUAAGUUUGGAAGGGAUUCCUGGUAAACAAGAUCCAAGUGAGGCGAGUCCUUGAAUUCUAUUGUAUCUGCUAAUAAGAUAUUUAUAAUUGAAAAUAGAAAGUAAGCAGAAUUGAAGUGCAAGUUAAAGAUGAA